AUGGGAGACUCGGGGCAACCACAGCAACAUCAGGUGGACCAACCAUCGACCUCCCCGAUCCCCAUCACGAUCGUGACAGGGUUCCUCGGGUCGGGAAAAACGACCCUGAUCCUGAACCUUGUCCCGCAGCUUCGCAAGACCAACCCGGACUACAAGCUCGCGCUGCUCAAGAACGAGUUUGGCGACCUGGCCGUGGACUCGCAGCUGGCAUCGUCGGGGGCCGUGGCCGGCGUCCAGGAGCUGCUCAACGGCUGCAUCUGCUGCAACAUGGUCGGCCAGCUGAGCGACGCCCUGUCGGAGCUGCGCGCCUCGGUCCGCCCGCACCGCAUCGUCAUCGAGACCUCGGGUUCCGCCUUUCCCGCCACCCUGGCCCUCGAGGUGAACCGCCUGGCCCGCGAGACGCGCGGCGCCUACGUGCUCGACGGCGUCGUCAGCGUCGUGGACGUCGAGAACUGGCAGGGAUACGAGGACACGAGCUACACGGCCAAGAUUCAGGCCCGCUACACGGACCUCGUCGUCUUCAACAAGUGGGAGCUCUGUAGCGAGCGCCGCUUCGACGAAUGUCUGGACCGCCUUGGUGACCUCGAGGUCGACGUCGCCUGGGUCAAGAGUGACAAGGGUUGGGUUUCCAUGGACCUCGUAUUUGGUGUCGAUGGCGGGCUGGCGCAGAGCUUGACUGAGGAUAUGGCUCAGGGUCACGGACAUGACCAUGGUGGGGAGGGCCACGAGCAUGAUCACCAGUCCGAGGUUGAGGUCCUUAGUAUCUCGCUCAAGAGCGCAGGGCCCAGUCCAUCCGUAAAUCCCGAGAGUCUGCAGAAACUCCUCAAGGCUGCACCAAAGGAUGAAGUCUACCGCAUCAAGGCUGUGAUGUCGGCCUCGUCUGCGUCUCCCGUGUGGCGAGGCUCUGAUGCGGAUGCAGCCCCGGAAGUGCCGAGUGAAGCGGCGGCCAAGUCACAGAGGUAUAUCCUCAACUGGGCCUUUGGCAGGUGGACUUUUACUCCCGUGACGGAGGGCAUAUCAGAGCACGAGUCCAGCAGUGGUGUUGCGCUGCGUAUGACCAUGAUCUUAGCCCGUUACGAGAGCACCAAGUGGAAGAAGAAGCUCGAGGCGGGAGGAUUUAUAGAGCUAGAGGGAGAAGAUAAAGGGGAGCUCACGAUUACAAAGAUUGCAUAG